CUAGCUAGUAAGAAGUCACUACUCUCAAUUCGAUAGUGGAGUCAAAAUAUAACUUAAAAACUAAACAAAUCAGUUCUACCAGAAAGAUGUGAAGUCAUGGUCCAUAUAUAAAAAUGGUGUUUUUCCCUCUCUGCGCGUGAACCCAGCUAUCAACCUUUCUUUAUUCCAAUAAACCUUACUUUAUUUCAAAGUGUGGGGGUGGGGGUGGAGGUGGUGGUGCAGUUUUUGCUGAUCUCUAGGCAUUGGAUUUUCUUUGGGUUUCAUUUCUUUAUUGUUGUUUUGUUUGUUUAGGUGUGUGUUUGUGGUGUUGUGCUUUGCUUUUCCUAGUGUAGUAGAAAAACUAAGUACUACUACUCUUUGAGCUUGAGUUCGAAGCAAGAAAGCAAGUCACAUAGAGAGAGAGCGAGAGAGAGAAAGAGAGACAGAGAGAGAGGCUGCAAAACCCAAUGAUGCAAACCCGAGAAGAAAGGUUUCGAAUUUGAGGCAAAUGUCGUCGAUGCUUAGCACGAGGCAAUCCUUCUUCUUCUACAACCCCUCCUCUUCAUUCUUUUUCUUCUUCUUCUUCUUCCUUAUCAACCUUCUCUACACCCCUGCCUUCACAUCCAACCAUGAAGCCUCCCUUCUAUUCUCUUGGCUCCACAGCUCUGCAUCAACACCACCUCCAUUUUUCUCCAACUGGAACAUACUUGACUCCAACCCAUGUAAUUGGACCUACAUAAAAUGUUCUUCCCAAGGUUUUGUCACCGACAUUACUAUACAAUCUAUCCAGCUUGAGCUUUCUUUGCCAUUCAAUCUCUCCUCUUUCCACUAUCUUCAAAAACUUGUCAUAUCUGAUGCCAAUCUCACAGGGACUAUCCCAGAUGAGAUUGGUGAUUGUAUGGGACUUACAACCAUAGACCUUAGCUCAAAUAGUCUUGCUGGUUCUAUCCCUGCAAGCAUAGGCAAGCUCAAAAGCCUCAAAGACUUGAUCUUGAGCUCCAACCAGCUCACUGGGAAAAUCCCAGUUGAGCUAAGUGGCUGCACUAGCCUAAAGAACCUGCAGCUUUUUGAUAAUCAGCUAAGUGGGUCUAUACCACCCGAGCUAGGCAAAUUGGCAAGCCUUGAAGUUCUUCGAGCAGGUGGUAACAAAGACAUUAUUGGGAAAAUCCCAGAUGAGCUUGGAAAUUGCAGCAAUUUGAGAGUGCUGGGGCUGGCUGAUAGCAGAGUUUCAGGCUCUUUACCAACCUCAUUGGGUAGGCUUAGCAAGCUUCAGACUUUGUCAAUAUAUACCACAAUGGUCUCUGGUGAAAUUCCUCCUGAUAUAGGUAACUGCUCUGAGCUCGUAAACUUGUUUCUUUAUGAAAAUAGUCUCUCUGGUCCAAUACCACCAGAGCUUGGUAAUCUCCAAAAACUGGAGCAGUUGAUGUUGUGGAGGAAUAAUCUUGUUGGGGUUAUCCCAAAUGAGAUUGGGAAUUGUAGUAGCUUAAGAAUGAUUGAUUUUUCACUGAAUUCUCUAUCGGGAACCAUACCUUUAACUUUAGGUGGCCUUUUGGAGCUUGAGGAGUUUAUGAUUAGUAAUAACAAUGUGUCGGGUUCAAUACCCUCAAAUCUUUCCAAUGCUACAAAUCUUGUACAGUUACAACUUGACACAAAUCAGAUCUCAGGUUUGAUCCCACCAGAGCUUGGGGUGUUGUCAAAGCUCACUGUGUUAUUGGCUUGGGACAACCAGCUAGAAGGAAGUAUUCCUUCCACUUUGGGUGGCUGUAGUAAUCUCCAAGCAUUAGAUUUGUCUCACAAUUCACUCACUGGUAGCAUUCCUCCUAGCUUAUUUCAGCUCCAAAACCUCACAAAACUGCUAUUGCUUUCCAAUGAUAUUUCUGGUUCAAUACCAAUAGAAAUUGGUAAUUGCAGCUCUCUUGUGAGGCUGAGGCUUGGAAACAACAGGAUUGCUGGUGGGAUUCCUAACUCAAUUGGUGGCCUUAGGAGUUUAAACUUUCUUGAUAUGUCUGGAAAUCGUCUUUCUGGGUCGGUGCCAGAUGAGAUUGGAAGUUGCACAGAAUUGCAAAUGAUAGACCUCAGCAACAAUACUUUGGAAGGUCCUCUACCUAAUUCAUUGUCAUCUCUAUCUGAGCUCCAGGUCUUGGAUGUUUCGUCUAAUAGAUUUUCAGGUCAGAUUCCAGCAAGCUUGGGUCGUCUUGUCUCAUUAAACAAGCUCAUGCUAAGCAGGAAUUCACUUUCUGGGUCGAUUCCUCCAUCUCUUGGCCUCUGUUCAAGUCUCCAAUUGCUUGAUCUUAGCAGUAAUGAACUCAUAGGCAGCAUUCCUAUGGAGGUGUGUCAGAUUGAAGCUCUUGAAAUCGCUCUUAACCUCAGUUGCAAUGGACUCACUGGAACAAUCCCAUCUAAAAUAUCUGCACUGAACAAACUUUCCAUCCUAGACCUUUCUCAUAACAAGCUAGAGGGGGAUUUGAGUCCACUUUCUGGGCUUGAUAAUCUUGUUUUACUCAAUGUCUCUUACAAUAACUUCACUGGUUAUCUUCCUGACAACAAGCUCUUUCGGCAGUUAUCACCAAUGGAUCUAGCAGGAAACCAAGGUCUCUGUUCAAAUCGCGAAUCUUGUUUCUUGAGUAAUGAUGGUAAGACAGGACUAACAAGAAACGAGAAUUAUGUAAGGCGGUCACGGAAACUUAAACUAGCAAUUGCAUUGCUGGUCACCCUGACAGUGGCAAUGCUAGUUAUGGGGAUCUUUGCAGUCAUAAGGGCGCGAAGAACCAUCAGAGAUGAUGAUGAAUCAGAACUGGGGGACUCAUGGCCAUGGCAAUUCACUCCAUUCCAGAAACUAAAUUUCUCUGUGGAGCAAGUUCUGAGAUGCUUGGUAGAUGCCAAUGUAAUUGGAAAAGGGUGUUCUGGGCUCGUUUAUCGAGCUGAUAUGGACAAUGGUGAAGUGAUUGCAGUGAAGAAGCUCUGGCCAUCAACAAUGGCUGGAGGCAAUGGAUGUGCUGAUGAUAAAUGUACAGUUCGCGAUUCCUUCUCCACAGAGGUGAAAACCCUUGGCUCAAUCCGUCAUAAAAACAUUGUUAGGUUUCUGGGUUGUUGUUGGAAUCGAAACACAAAAUUGCUCAUGUACGACUAUAUGCCCAAUGGAAGUUUGGGAAGUAUACUCCAUGAGAGGACAGGAAAUGCCUUGGAAUGGGAACUCAGAUACCAAAUUUUGUUGGGGGCAGCACAAGGCCUUGCUUAUCUACACCAUGAUUGUGUCCCUCCAAUUGUUCACAGAGAUAUCAAGGCCAAUAACAUCCUCAUUGGCCUUGAAUUUGAACCUUAUAUUGCUGAUUUUGGCCUAGCCAAGCUUGUUGAUGAUGGAGAUUAUGCACGGUCUUCUAAUACAGUUGCUGGCUCUUAUGGAUAUAUUGCUCCUGAAUAUGGCUACAUGAUGAAGAUCACAGAGAAAAGUGAUGUUUACAGCUAUGGUGUUGUAGUUUUGGAAGUCUUGACAGGGAAGCAACCAAUUGAUCCUACAAUACCGGAUGGGAUCCAUCUAGUGGAUUGGGUUAGACAAAAGAGGGGAGGAAUUGAGGUCCUUGAUCCCAGCCUACUAUCUAGAUCAGAAUCAGAAAUAGAGGAAAUGAUGCAAGCAUUAGGCAUAGCCUUAUUAUGUGUAAACUCCUCUCCUGAUGAAAGACCAACCAUGAAAGAUGUAGCAGCAAUGCUUAAGGAGAUUAAACAUGAAAGAGAGGAGUAUGCAAAGGUGGAUGUGCUCCUGAAGGGAUCCCCAGCAAACAAUGUUCAAGAAAAUAAGAAUUCUAGUGGAGUUCCAGCCACUUCAUCAUCAAGACCUGCAAUGCAAAGCUUGUUUCCAAAAAGCAAUAAUACAAGCUUCUCUGCUUCCUCACUUUUUUACUCAUCUUCCUCUAGUGCCAAAAUUGGUUUUAAGUGAUUAAUUAUAUAGUCGCUAAGCAGAAGGAAGUUUGCCACAAGUAGUUUCUUCGGUCUCUAAACUCUUUGUUUUUAGCAUUGUAAAGAAGAAAAGAUUGACAUUCAUUAUAACUAAAUGCAGAUAAAGCCACAGGUUGCAAGUUU